AUGACUUCUUAUCCUCCCGCACAAUGUUGCACAGUUGGCUUUAGACAUGAAGGUGCCCUACAGGGUAAAGCCAUACGCAUCACCGGCGGUAAGCAUGAAGCCUACCUUGCAACACCGCCACCAGACAAGGCCAAAAAGUUUGCCAUUCUAUUUUUACCUGACAUUAUGGGUAUCUGGAAAAACAGUCGUCUCCUUUCUGACGAGUUUGCGUCAAACGGCUACUUGACCUUACUGCUCGACACUUUCAACGGUGAUCCCUUGCCUGUACGGGCAGUUGUAAAUGACGAGGUAGACAUUUUCAAGUGGCUUGCGGGCGGCUCCACGGGUGACAACCCACAUAAUGAACCAGCUGUUGAUCCUAUUGUUCUGGAUGCCAUCAAAUUCCUGAGGGAGGAGUAUGGAGUAAAGAAACUGGGCGCUGUUGGGUAUUGUUUUGGUGCCAAGUAUCUUGUUCGUCAUUGGAAGUGGGCAAAGGAGCAGGCUUUCUACCAGGCAAUUGUGUGGUUUGAUGAGCAUCUGCGUGAGUGA